AUGGCCGGAAAAUAUGGUGUAAAUGCGGAAGGAAAAACCGAAGAGAGGAGUUAUAACCUGAAAUUAUUAGAAAUGGCCACGAACGAAAACACGAGCCUUCAAAAAAGCGCAACAGCACAAUUAUUGAUGGCUUCUGUGAUCUCAUUUCUUUUCGCUGUCCUUGGAGCUGUUUUUCUCAUUUUAGAGCCAUCCGAGAUUUUAAGCACUUUCUUAAAUUCCAUGACAGGGCUUUUGUGCGGAGGCAUUCUUCUUUUAAGCAUACAAAGUCUCAUUUCUGAUUUGAGUUCAAAGGGAGUUGACGCAAAAAAAAUUAAAUAUGAUUCAAAAAUUAGCGAUAACGUUAUUCUACUUUCUCUGGAAAAUUUUCAAGAUAAGGGCUGCAUUGGUAGUGUCACAAAAAUUAUUAAAGAACGAAGUAAAAUUUUUCGAACGUGGAGAGUUUGGUGCUCUGUCUGGACCAUCAUGCUUACUAUUUGUCUCAUGGUUCUUAUCUAUUCUAAUAUUUUUAUCGAUCGUUUUGCAUCGGACGGGGUGUCAACUAGUAUUUCAGUAGAAUACAUUCUUAUCGGCAGCGGAAUUGUUGCUGAUGACGACAUCACUGCGCCUUUAAACGUGAUUUUUAAUGAGAUUAUGGAGGAAAAUAUUAAACUUCGAUUUUUCGGAUGUGGAAAUAGGUUUACUAUAGUACGUAUCGUUCUAGAAAAGAGCGAAAAACUAAAUAUUGAGCGUAUUCUACAUGGUUUAAAACCGAAGAACCCUAGAGAUCCCGAACAUAUUCAUGAUAUUUUUGAUCCCGAGCUCUUGUAG